GUCUCCCUCUUCAGGGUUUCUCUCUCCAUCAUCUCUAUUGCUUCUCAACCAUCCUCAUCUCUCUCUCUUCCUCUUCCCUCAACUUCCUCUCUUGGUUUUGUCUUCUUCACAAACUAGACCACAGAGAGAGUGAAGAAGAGAUUGAGGGGGGGAAGAGAGAGAGAGAGAGAGAGAGAGAGAGAGAGAGAGAGAGAGGAGCAAAGAGAAACUGCUUUUGCCAGAAUCAGUCCAAAACUGGGCCCUACAGAUAUUUUCUUGACCCUUGUUGCAGAAAAACUUCCAUAGGCAGAUUUCCAAGGAGGAGGAGGAGGAGGAGGAGGAAAGCAAGAUAUGGAUGAGAGGAUCCAACCUGGGACUUACUUUCAGUAUUCCCCUUCUGGGAUCCAAUCUUCCCCUCAUCACUCACCAUCUAUUAGACCUUCUUCUGCUUCUUCCCUUGAUAGGGAAAGAUAUUUGUCAGAACUUCUUGCCGAGAAACAAAAAUUGGGACCAUUUUUGCAAGUUCUGCCAUUUUGCAGCAGGCUUCUAAAUCAAGAGAUUCUACGAGCAUCUGGUUUAGUCGAUUCUGAGAGAAUUGAACAUGGAAGUCCAUUAAGGUUAUCUGGUUAUCCUACAAAUGGCAUGCAAAUGGAUUUCGAAGGUUGGCCGGGAAUUCAACCACAGUUUUUGGAUCAGGAAAAUGGUUUUUUCCAAAGAAUGAGGGUCCUUCAAGCAUCAUCGAUGGGAUGGAAUGGCACACCGGUAGUUACUAGCACUCCGGUUGUAAAGAAAGUCGUAAGAUUAGAUGUUCCUAUUGACAAGUUCCCUAAUUACAACUUUGUUGGCCGGUUGCUCGGGCCGAGAGGUAACUCAUUGAAAAGGGUUGAAGCUACAACACAAUGCAGAGUUUAUAUACGUGGCCGGGGUUCAGUGAAGGACGUUAUUAAGGAAGAAGAACUAAGAGGCAAACCCGGGUACGAGCACCUAAACGAGCCAUUACAUGUACUUGUGGAAGCUGAGCUUCCGGCAGACAUAAUUGACACGCAAUUAAGCCAAGCCGUGGGAGUACUCGAAGAUCUUCUAAAACCAGUGUUUUUCCAGGAUGAAUCCUUGGACUACUAUAAGAAACAACAGUUACGAGAACUAGCGAUGCUCAACGGAACUUUAAGAGAAGAGAGCCCGCAUAUGAGCCCGAGCAUGAGCCCCGGCGCAUCGCCGUUCAACAGCUCCAGUAUGAAAAGGCCGAAAACAGGAAGAUAACUGCAAGAGUUUUCUCUGCUUCUGCAUCUUAACUUUAACAAUUCAAUUGCUGGUUUCUUGAAAUCUUGGGAACUUCCAUAGUUCAUAUUACUUUUCAUCUUCACUUUGUCCUCUCUAUACCAAACUCUGGUCUUGCUAAAACAUCAUCCCAUUGAUUGUUUUAUAUAUGUGUAUGUAUGUAUUUAUGUAUGUAUGUGUGUAUUGGUUUGAUAAGAAUGUUGAGAGUAUGUUUGAUUCUAGACAUGAAUAUCAAAUUAUAAUCUUAGCAUA